AUGGGCAAUAUCCUGGGUGGUGGAGUUGCCAUUCUGGACGAGGCUCCCGUGUCCAAGGAUCCCGACUGCUACUGCCCUUAUGACGGAACCGGUCCAUGGUUCACCUGCAAGCCCGAAGAAGAACAGAAGCCACGCUUGGCCAAGAAGGGGAUCGCAAGCCGAGAGGGCUGCCCACCAGAGACUUUCGCUGCCUUACUGAAGAAAGCAGCCGAGCUGAAAGGGGACAAGCCAGCGAUGAAGGUCGAGCGACCCGUUCCCGCGCCAAACCAGGAUGGCACAGUUCCACCUGCACUGGAAGACGAGAAAUGGAUGACGUGGACAUGGAAAGACUACUACGAGGAUGCACGCAAAGCAGGUAAGGGAUUCAUCAAGCUCGGCUUGCAGAAGUUCGAGUCCGUGAGUGUUUGGGGCUUCAACGCACCUGAAUGGAUGCUCUCUCUGCAGGGGGCGACCAUGGCCGGUGGCAAGCUCGCGGGCCUUUAUCCGACGGACACGCCGGAGACAGCCGGCUACAAGGUCGCCCACAGUGGGGCCGCAGUAGUGGUCGUGGAGGACAGGAGCAAGCUUGACAGGCUCGUCGAGGCGCUGAACAAACGCAAGGAUCCCAAGCCUUUGCGUGUCAAGGCAUUUGUUGCCUACGGGUUUACGCCCGCGGAUGACGAAAAGGUGGAGGUCCAGGGAGACAAGAAGCCUGUCAUGAGCUGGGCAGCCCUCAUGGCCAUGGGUGGCAAGGAAAGCGAUGCGGAACUUGAUGCACGAAUAGCUGGAGUGUCGCCUCUGGGGUGUGCUGCCCUUGUGUACACAUCUGGCACCACCGGAGAGCCAAAGGCCGUGAUGCUUUCGCACGAUGCCAUCAUCUUCACGAGCAGCGGAGUUUUCGAGGCGAGCGUCGGACCUACCCACAACUUCGCCGUCCUUCCAGAGCAGGAGCGAUUUCUGUCGUAUCUGCCUUUGUCGCAUGUGGCUGGACUGAUGGUGGACAUGUGCUGCCCCAUGUCGCUGACUGCCAAGUUGCCAUGCUGGUGCACAGCUUAUUUUGCUCGACCAUACGAUCUCAAGAUGGGUGCCAUCAAGGACCGCCUUUGCGCGGCAAGGCCCACAGCCUUCCUGGGCGUCCCAUUAGUUUGGGAGAAGAUCGCAGACAAGCUGCGUGCCAUUGGCGCUGCAAACUCAGGUUUGAAGCAGUCCAUUGCAAGCUGGGCGAAGGACCUGGGCCUCACGCAAGCCAAGAGCUCUCUCUUGGGAGGCGAUGGUUACACUCCGGUUGGCUUCACCUUGGCAGAGACCUUGAUUCUGAGCAAAGUGAAGGGCGCCUUGGGAAUGGACCAGCUCAAGUACGCGGCUACAGGAGCUGCUCCCAUCCGCGUGGACACCUUGGAAUACUUCGGAUCCCUGGGCUCUUUGGCUGAAGCUGUGGCCUUGCCAAUUCCGGUCCAGUCUGGCGUGGGAGCUGUGCUGCAUUAA